AUGAGUGUCUUAUCGGCGAAGGCAUGUCUCGACGGUGUAAAGAAGAAAAUAGAAGAACUUCAAGUUGAUGUGAAGGGAAAAGAAGCGAUGAAUCUGGUGCUAUCUCAGCAGUUAGAACGAACCAAGGAUAUUCUGAAGAACGAGCAAUGGAUCCGAGAUGCGUCAACUGCACAGUUCAAUGAUCGGUACUCCAAACUGCAGAAGUCUUUGGAAGAAAAAACGAAAGAAAUGGAACUGUUGAGAGAGAAUAUGGAGAACAUAGUUCUCAAACACCAGAAGGAGAUAGCCCAACACGAAGCAGAGAUGAAAGAGUGCCGAGAGCAAAACGAAAAGCUCGUCGAGAAACUCGAGUCGAUGACCACGAUCAAAUCGGAAGUUGAGCAGAAGAAGUGCUACUUGGAGGAAAGAAUCAAACUUCUCGAAGAAGAUUCGCUCGAAACCGAGGAGGAGUUGAGGAGAAACGUCGAGCAGACGCCGCGGAAGUCUGUCGCAUUCAGUAUUGAUAUGGAUUCCAGCGAUACUAUCAGAGGAACUCCGAUUGGAUUCAAGUGCAAUCCACGUGAGUCGGUCUGCUCCAUCUGCGACUUGUUCGAGCGAUGCUCGACCGCCCGCUCUUCGAUGCGCUCCGAAACAAAUACAAUCGCUUCAACGUCGGAAUUCAAGCCACCAUACACUUCAACCACGAGUGAAAGAAUCAGUAUCUUGACGUCUCGAAACGAGAAAUUGAAACCACACCUGCAAAGCUCGUAUGCCGUCGAAAUGGCCGACGUCAACUCGCCAUCAGCCGACGAGGAGAAUGUCCGAAAAGGAGGAGGAGUGGAGAAAAAGAAGAGACGUAACUCCAUCUUCGCAUUCAAGAAGCAUUAA